AUGCUGCCGCCAGUGCCACUUGUGGCACUUCCAGUUGAUAUAGCUACCGAACCAGAGUUUCCGCCAACGGCAACUCCAGAUCUCAGAGAAAGGAGCCCAGAAGCACCGGCGCUGGACACACCGCUGUUGAAAUUGAUCGGCCCACCGGAAACGCCAGAGCCACUAGCAACAUUUACACUUCCACCAGCUCCAGUGGACCCGGCACCAACUGUCAAAGAAAUGCUGCCACCAGGACCACCCGUUGCACUUCCAGAAACAAAGGAAAUCGCACCGCUUGUGGCAUCACUUGGUGUGGACAAAGCAAUCGAUCCGCUGCUUCCAGUAGCAACACCAACGCCGCUGGUCAACAAAAUGUUGCCACCGUUGCCAGUUGUUCCUGCACCAGCUGAAAUGUCGACAUUGCCACCAGUCACACCUCCACCGCCAAGGAUUGAUGCUUUACCACCGGCAGCGGCAGCGCUAGAGCCAGCGGUUAAGGUGAUGACGCCACCGUCACCUACAGCUCCAUUGCCAACAGUCGCUGUGAUCGACCCUCCGGUUCCACCUGCCGUCGAGGCGCCCGUGGUGAUGCUGAUUGCUCCGGAAUCACCGCCUGUGGACGCACUUGAAGCAAUUGUGACGCCACCGGAAGCACCGCCGCUGGACGAACCACUUUGGACAUUCACAGCACCACCGACCACAUUGUUUCCGCUGGACAAACUGAUGUCGCCACCAGUUCCCGCUGUACCAGCACCAACUCCAAUGCGAAUAUGGCCGCUUGAGCCAACGGCCGCAGCGCCAGUGCACCGGCACCGCUCGACAAGGUCACAUCGCCGCCAAAUCCAGCGGUACCGGAACCACCAGUUAGCUCAAUGUUCCCUCCUCGAGUUCCAAUUCCACCAACAAUUGAUGUUUUACCUCCGGUUCCAGCAGAACUCAAACCAGCCGUAA